UUCCGUCGACCCAAAGUCAACAACCCUACCACUGUCUCCUGUUCAUCAAAGUCGACUCGUCUUCCUUACGCUGCUGCUACUACAACUACUUCACUACCCUCCCCACCACAGAAACAAAUAGGCCUCGCCCUCUUCUUCCUCCUCCUUCUCCUCCUCCUCCUCCACCACCACCGCCAACUUCCGCUCUCGCACGCGCCAUUCUCGCGACACCAUGGCGCGCAUCAACAUCCCAAUCGAUGCCUUGACCUCGCGCCUCAACUUCGGCGGCCGCUUCGACUCGCUGCGCUCGCAGUCGGUGGGUUCGCGCUUCGCCAACCUGCGACCCAUCUCUGAGUUCCUCGACAUCAAGCGCAUCAGCAAGCCACAGGACUUUGGCAUGGUCCAAAACCGUGUCAACUACAACUUGUCCUACUUCAGCAGCAACUAUGCUGCGCUCUUCGUCAUGCUCAGCAUCUACAGUCUAUUAACCAACUUGCUCCUGUUCUUUGUGCUGGUGCUCAUCAUCGGCGGCAUGUGGGGAAUCGGCAAGCUGGAAGGAAGGGAUCUGGAUCUCGGCUUCGCUCGAGCCACCGUCAGUCAGCUGUACACUGCUCUUCUUGUUGUCGCCAUUCCUCUUUUCUUCUGGGCUUCGCCAAUCUCGACCGUCCUCUGGUUGAUUGGUGCAUCUGGUGUCACGAUUCUCGGCCAUGCGGCAUUCAUGGAAAAAGACGUAGCAGCUAGUUUCUCCGAAGAGGCGGUAUAGGUCGUCUGCCGCGCCCUCUUCGCCCUACGAAACGGGAAGACGACCCGGAGCUCCCAGCGGGACCAGGCGAAGAGCCACGCACACAUACCCGCACGAUUGGGAGCUUCGUGAUCCACGCUCGAUACAAGAGCUGGACAGUGGAGGAGAAUACGAUGAAUACGGACAGGGAGUUGGUUUGGAUCAGCAACAUGCUUAUGGGAACGCUCGCAGGGUUAGCGAUAAACUGUACUUUGAUGGCUACGACCUGGGACAGGAUAGACGGCAAGGUAGAGCUGCGACAAUGUACGAUGAUCGAGCAUAUUAUGACGAUGUUUCGGAAGAAGAAGAUGAGCGAUAUCAGCAGUACAGAUCCUUUGCUGCAAGGGAUCGGGAAGAAUCAUUACUUCAUUCUGCCUUGGAUCGGAUAUCCAGGGCAAGGAGGGAAGGCAAAGGCAACGUGAAUCUGAGCAUGGAGGAGAUGGCGGCUCUUGAGCGCAGGAAUGGCCAGCGAUCGGAUCCUCUACCGCCUCCUACAGCAGCUUUGGUAUCGCCCCCUGCCACUCCUGCCAAAUCUUCCAGGGACAAAGACAAAGUGAAAGCGAGCAGCCGUUCCAGCAGCACGACGAGCUUGAAGAACCAUAGGGCGCGCAAAGGCAGCACUUCUUCUUUGCUUUUCGGCUCACCAGCCAAAUCGACCUCGAAGGCGAAAGUCAGCAGGAAGAACUCUGAUCCACAGGCCUAUCAAACUGGAAUGCCUCCUCGCGAGGGCAUGAUCACUGGACCGAACGGGGUCAUGUACGCGCCUGUGGGAUACUUUGCGCCACCUAGUCCUGACUUUGCACGAGCACAAGCGGGCGACUCGAGCUCGUCCUCGAAGCAGAGUCGUAGGGAGCUGACACCACCUGAAAUGCAACCAUUGCCCCUUCGGUACUAUCGACCAGAGUCUUCUGGCUCGAAUCGAUCUCUGCCUCCCGAAGAUAUGGAGUGGUAUCCGCCACCAUCGAGGACACGAUCUGCAAGCAAUGCACCCCAGUGGGCAGCAUACGACUACGACAUGGCACCGCCGAUGCCUGCAGCGCAUGGGCGACGCCAUGCGAGUGGUCCCCCUGCAGCGCCUGGCGGGCCUCCGUAUCCGAAUGAUGUGCGUUUUGCUGCUCUACGCAGAGCUCCGCCCGCCUCACCUCUGUCGCAGCAACGUAGUGCCAGAGAUGCGCCAGGCAGUGGACUGAGCCGGGUCGAAACGAGCAGUAGCGACAGCAGUGAUGGACAAGGAGUGCAAAUAGACAUUUUGGAAGAUCGGCGUGGUGGGUACUCGAUUCGGGAAAUGUCCAGUGCGUCGCUGGAGAGGGAUGUUGGUCCAGGUACCCCGACUACACCUGUUGCGGCUACUGCUACUGCAGCUGCUGCAAUGCCUGCCAAAGCUGCUGGAAGUCCUGCGCGAAGGAGGAAGGGAUCAAGACGAUGAGGACUCUUUUAUUGAUUUCCGGCCUAUGACCUACUUAUAGUCGUGAAGUACCUGUUCUUUAAAUCUGAGUUGCAUUCUUUCGUCUCGUUCACCAGCGCAUACAGUGUUGUCUGGUUUGAAUGUCUU